UCCUUCAUUAUGUUUAUCUCUAAUUUUAUAUCACGAUAAUAUGGCUACCCAACGAUAAGAUUAAUUUUAGAGGUAUAGCUAGCUAAUUCCACAUUUCUCGGUGAUAGCCUGCACUGGAAGGUCCGGACACGAGAGCUAGCGUUAAAUUAACUUCGGUAUAUUUGCCGACAAACUGGAAAUCGUAAACGGCUGCUUUGCCUGGCGUGCGGGCUAGCAUUAUUAAUUCAUUAUAAAUCAACGUGUGCUAAUAUUUAGUGGGGGUAGGGCAAUAGCUAUGUUAAACAAUACAGUGAUUCAUUUUAAGCGAAUUGAGUUCGUUUUUUCUGCAGCAAUUUUUUUUACUUUCAAUGCGGCGAUAACAAUAUAUUUGACUAAUAGUUAAGCCGCCUGUGCUUAUUUUGGGGCGGGUGGAGAUCUCGCGGCUAACUCGGCUAAUAUAGCAGUUCUACUACGGUACAGCCUCCACCAUCGGUCGUCCAAUGGAUCAUUACGCAGACGUCACAAGGGCCGGUCUGCCUAUCGAAAAAUGUGCUUCAGGAGGAAGCGAAGAGUCAGGAGGAGCAUCUGUCUAUAAGGGAGCCGGCGAGAGAGCUGCAAGAUGGCAGGUGCAGCGAUUGUGCCUCCAGACUACAUCCAAGAUAAAAGCAGCCGCCUUUAUGUGGUUACCUGGGUCAACAACCUGCUGAAGACAAACUUCACAGAUGUGGGGCAGCUGGGUUCAGGUGCAUGUCACUGUCAGAUCAUGGGCUUGGUUAUUCCUGGCUCUGUUGAUAUGACCAAGGUGAAGUUUAAUGCGCAAGGUGAGGACGACUGUAAGCACAAUUUCCAUCUCCUCCAUGAGGCCUUCAGGGAGAGCGGUGUCGCAAAGACUAUUCCAGUUGAGGAGAUUAUAAAAGGGGAUUCUCAAAGCAACUUUGAGACCCUGAAGUGGUUCAAAGCUUUCUACAUGGCAAAUACGAAAAGUGAAGACUACGACCCUAUGAAAGCUCGAGGCGGUCAGGAUAUCAGCCCGGUUGUGUUACCUCCCCAGUUGCAUACAGGGAUAUCUAAAUUGGAAUCAGACACGGAGGAGAAGGGCACUGUAGUGAGUAAAUUUCCUUUCACUGAGAAGUGGAAGGGAAUUCAUGAAUGGGCUGACCAGAGUACUCUUGAGCAAUAUACCUUCUGCCGCUCUUGUGACAGAAACCUGAAGACAUUUUCGAAAGGCCUUCUCGAACUCAAGCGACAUGCGGAAACAAACAAACACAAGAAACGGGCUAAAAUUUACAGGAGCCAACUCUCUGAGCCGCUGCCCUGUAGCGACGCAGCUAUUCAGUUUAUUCACAAACACUCCAACACUGGCUCUGCUAGAGGGAAACAUGUGUCUAGACAUUUUGCACGCAGUAAACUGGGGCUGCAGUACCCCAAAGACAUCACAUCGGUUUGCCAACACACUCCUUACUGUGUAUACAUUUAUGGAGGGGUAGCCCUGGGAAAGGAUGCCACUGUCUCUGUGGUCCUUGUUGGGUUUUUUGAUGUCAAAGCCUCCAGGCACUGCAUCCGAUUUCUGGACGCUCUUGCAGGGGAUCAAACACCAGCAGCGGUGGUGGAGACCUUGAAGAAAUUUGGGCUACACACCGAAAAUCUUGCUGCUGUUUAUUCUGAUGGUAAAGGUGCGGCCUCAGAGCAGAUCUACACACAGCUCAGGGAACUCAACCCAAACAUAGUAGCCUUAGGUGGGCUGUACGCCGUCGCCGAUGCUGCUUGUCAUGCUGGGGUUAAUAAGCUCUCCAAUCAGGCUCAAGAGUUGAUUGUUGAUAUUCAUGCCCACUACUCUUCCUGCUCUGCCAAGAAUGACGAGCUCACGGCUCUCUUUGGUUCUGAUAUCAGUGCAGACAGUCCAUCAUUUCAUCUCAACACCAGCUGCCUUAAGUUCUGCCCUCUUGUCACAAAAAUCUUGGAAAUAUGGACAGAUCUCAUAAUGUACUUUAAGUCUUGCGACAAGGAUGAUGACAAAGCCAAGUCAAUCUGCUCCCAGCUGCACGAUCCCAAAGUCAGGGCAACAUUUAUGUUCCUGGAGCACGCCCUCAAGCCUCUGCAUAGUUUCCAAAGGCAUCUGCAGACACUGCAGGGAGCCGCUCGAGCGAAUAUGCUGCUCAUCCUCGAAGAAGCCAGUAGCCUGCUAUGCACCUACACCUCCUACUUCCUUCACCCUGAAGCUGCGGUUCGCUUUCUCAAAGAACACAAAACCCAAAUCCUAAAAGACAAGAAAUUCCUCCUUUCAAUCCCAGAACUGGGCGGGAAAGCUGUGGAAGACUUCCUGAAUGGGUCUGAGGCUACAGAGGCACUGCCGCAGUUUAUAGAGCAGGUGUUGUCUUUCUAUGUCACACUUGCAGGUUGCAUUGCACAGGAGCUGCCUCUUCAUGACAACGUGCUAAGGAGCAUAGCUCGGCUGCUGAACCCCCAGAGCAGGCUGAAGGUGACUGGGGAAGAGGUUGGGGAGCUUGGGACCAAGCUGCACAUCUGCAGCUCCCCUGAGGAGGUCAACCAGCUCACAAAUGAAUUCCUUGAGUAUCAGCAGGCUGAUGAGGGAGAGAAGGACAACUCAGCAGUGGUUUUACUAGAGAAACACUGGGCCAGUGUACUAAAGGACAGCAAGCCGACUUCACUCUUCAGAAAGCUUGUGUUGACCCUGUUGUCUCUCCCCUGCCCUCCACUCGAAGCCCAGCAGGUUUUUACACAGGCCCUGGAAAAUGAAGAUGCUGCACUUUUCUCUGAGAGUGAAGCCCUAACAGAAAGCGAUUUUGAUGUCACGUCAGACAGCGUCCUCUCUGACAGCUCCUUGGUUCACACUGAAGAACUGAAUGGCCUUAAUGUGACAGUGAAGCCAUGUGAAGUCCGCCUAACGAAGAUACAUCAACAUGUCAGUACACCUGGAGAGAAUGGUGCCCUGUGGAAAGAGAUGACCAGUAGGGGAUGUUAUGGCUGGGAGAGCAGCUUGCGCCAGAAGCCACAGGCCCGUACAGUGUUUCAGGCUGGUGCUAGCACCUGGUCCAACCCCGUAGGUGUUGAUAAUGGUCUGAAGUCCAAAGAUGAGGUGGCAGAAGAGACCUCGCCAUUCAGUAAACCGGCACCAAGAGCACGGCGGAGAUAUGCCUACCAGGAUGGGAAAGGGUUUCUGACAGGGGAGCUGGUGUGGGGGAAAGUGAAGGGCUUUUCCUGGUGGCCUGGGAUGGUGAUGCCUUGGAAAACCAAGUUCUCUCCCCCGGGCAUGCGGAAGGUGGAGUGGUUCGGUGACGGGAUGUUCUCCGAGAUCUAUACGGAGGGUCUGCUGUCCUUCAGUUCCUUCACUAAGUGCUUCUGCAAAAAUUCCUUUGCCAGCUUGCCAACCUACAAGGAAGCCAUCUUUCAGAUCAUCGAGCUGGCAGGUGAGCGAUGUGGGAAGUCUUUUGCUGAAGCGGAAGGAAAUAAAGAAAGAGAGCUGAAGCUGAUGCUGGAAUGGGCUUCUGAGGGAUUUCUGCCUACAGGACCUGAAGGAUUCGUACCUACUGAUGCUGCAGCACAUCAUGACUCUUCUGACUCGGCCAUGUCUGACUGCCAGCCUCCGGCAAAAAGGAAAUAUGUUUUUAAAAACAAGCAAAAUCCACCCGUAAUUAUAACCUACGACAGAGAAUCAAUAAGAGAAAAGGUCAAAGAGAAAGGCAAAACAAUCGAAGAUUUUUGUCUGUCUUGUGGAUCAACUGAGAUCGAAGUGCCGCACCCGUUGUUUGAAGGUGGUCUCUGUCUAAAAUGCAAGGUCAACUUCACAGAGACGCUGUUUCGCUACGAUGAAGAUGGCUACCAGUCGUACUGUACCGUGUGCUGUGCCGGCUUAGAGGUGAUUCUCUGUGGCAACGCCAGCUGCUGCAGAUGUUUUUGUAAGGACUGUCUGGAAAUCCUGGUGGGACUGGGAACCUUUGACAAGCUGAAAGACGUCGACCCAUGGAGAUGCUUCAUGUGCAAGCCGUCGCAGUGCGACGGAAACCUCAAACUCAGACCAGACUGGAGCGUCAAGGUUCAGGACUUCUUCGCCAACAACAGCGCCAUGGCGUUUGAGCCUCACAGAGUUUACCCCUCCAUCACUGCUGAUCUGCGCAGACCAAUCAGGGUGCUGUCGCUUUUUGACGGCAUUGCAACCGGAUACUUGGUGCUCAGAGACCUGGGCUUCAAGAUUGAGCGCUACAUUGCUUCAGAGAUUUGUGAGGAUUCCAUCGCUGUGGGGAUGAUCAAGCACGAGGGACAGAUCGAAUACGUCAACGAUGUUCGUACCAUCACAAGGAAACAUCUGGCUGAAUGGGGUCCUUUUGAUCUUCUGAUUGGAGGCAGUCCAUGUAACGACCUGUCCAUGGUCAACCCGCUUCGAAAAGGAUUAUUUGAGGGCACUGGAAGGCUCUUUUUUGAGUUCUACCGCCUUCUGACCCUGUUGAAGCCUAAGGAGGAUGACGACCGUCCGUUCUUCUGGUUGUUCGAGAACGUGGUUUUCAUGAGCGCCCACGACAAGUCGGAUAUCUGCAGAUUCCUUGAGUGUAAUCCAGUUCUUAUCGAUGCAGUGAAAGUUAGUCCUGCUCACAGAGCGCGCUACUUUUGGGGAAACCUCCCUGGCAUGAACAGACCUCUCGCUACAGCUCUAGAUCACAAAGUGGCCCUCCAGGAAUGUUUGGAAGUAGGACGCGUUGCAAAGUUUGACAAAGUCCGCACCAUCACCACAAAGUCCAACUCUAUUAGGCAGGGGAAGAUGGGACCACUUCCUGUCAGCAUGAACGGCAAGGAGGACUAUCUGUGGUGCACCGAAAUGGAACAGAUCUUUGGCUUCCCCAAACACUACACGGACGUGAACAACAUGGGCCGGAAUCAGAGGCAGAAAGUCCUGGGGCGCUCCUGGAGCGUGCCUGUUAUCCGCCACCUCUUCGCCCCGCUGAAGGAUUAUUUUGAAUGUGAACAAGGACUGUGAACCCAGCAGCCGCGGUAAACCUACUGCCUUAUCUCCGCCCUGCAUCACUAGGUAGUUCAAACCCUCCUGUCUUUUUCUGACACACCUAAUUUAGUAUUUACUACUUUGACGUGAUCUCCUUUUAUCCUGUGAGCUGUCAGUCAUCCACCAUCCACUAUCACCAGCAGGCACGGACACUUUUUUUUCUUCUUCUUGUUAGUUCUGCUCCAGGUUUCCUAUGGUUAAUGAUGACGGUGCUGUGAUCAAACAACAACGUUGCUCAAAACGUUGGCCUGAAUCGUGAAGCGACGUUAGACGCUUAGCCAGCUAUCUUUGGGCUCAAUCACCAGGCGGAUUCGUCGGGGUAACUCACCAUGGCAACCUGCCAACAGCUCCAUGACUGAGCUCAGUGCAAAAUAGAGUCAUUCCUACAGUAUCCCGACAUGAAACACUGAGUUCCCAAUGAAGCGCUAAAGUUGCAAUAGAGAUCUUUUUAUAGCUCAGUAGAAUCACUUUGCCAACCAUGAUAAUUAUAAUUGAUGUCUGCUUUGUCAGCAGGAAUCAGCAGGAAUCUGUUUUUAAGUACACCAUCUAUCCAUAAUAGCUUGUUUUUUUUAUUUAUACCUUGCUUUUCCUAUUUGGGUAGUAUAUUUUUUCUUAUUUCAGCUUCAUGAUGCCAGUUAUUCAGAAUUGCCAACUCAGAGAGAGCCGCUGAACUUGCUUCGUGGUUUAGGCCUCGGGAUCUCUACCUCAACACUGAUUUUCUGGUUCAAAAUCUGCAUUUACACUUUUUUAUUUAAUUUAUGAAUAGGAACUCUUUCAAUGUGAUUUAUUUUAUAUUGUAUUGUUUUAUAGCAUCAUAUUACCAGCAAUUUUAAAGAAGCAGUGUGUAGGAUUUAGGGGGGGGUUUAUUGGCAGAAAUGGAACAUAAUAAUUGCAAUUAGGUUUUCAUUAGUGACCUGAAAUCAGUCACCUGAAACUAAAGGCGUGUGUUUCCGUUUAAAAUGAGCCCCCCAUAUCGACGGGGAGCUUCUAACAGUCGGUAAUUUGAACCCUGCUACAACGCGACGUAGUGAAUAAUUUACUGUGUAGUCCGUUAUACAUAAAGUGGAGACUCACCUUAUAAGGAACGGGAUGUAACCAGUUUUGUUGGGGGACUACAGUCUAGCAUCUGCCCUCACGCUUUGAAAGGGAGGGUUGAGUGCAGGGGUGUUCACUUGGUUGCGCUCUGCACCCCCUGGAUCCCACUAAAUCCUACACACUGUUCCUUUUAAGUCGGAUCUAAACAUGUGCAUCAUUAUCUGUGAUUGUUUUUACUAGCCACUUUUUUUUAAAAUCUGUUUUUUAAUACGUUUUUAUCCAAAUUACAGUGGUGCACCGGUGAUUUUGUCCAAACUGGCCUCACUGGUUUUGCAUUGGUGCUAACAUUUGAUCUGUUUUAAGGACUGCUAUUUAUACCAAAAAUGUUUUCUCUCUACUCAUUGAGAACAAACUGUUGUGAAUAUUUUAAACUGGAGUGUCUUCACUAUUACUGUAAUAAGGACCAGACUUAAACAUAACGCGCAGUGUCUUCUAACAUAGGAGACCUUGAAGGACCAUUACGAUGGUUUUACACAGGUCCUGCCCUAAAUAAUAACGUGUGUACGCUAUAAAA